AUGACAGCCAUGGCUUAUGACCGGUAUGCUGCCGUUUGCAACCCACUGCUCUAUUCCUCAAUCAUGUCACCCACCCUCUGUGUUCGGAUGGUGCUGGGGUCCUACAUGGCUGGACUCACUGCUUCUUUAUCACAGUUGUGUGCUUUGCUUCAGCUCCAUUUCUGUGGUCCUAAUGUCAUCAGGCACUUCUUCUGUGACAUGCCCCAGCUGCUAACUCUGUCCUGCACUGACACGUUCUUGGUCCAAGUCCUGACCGCUAUACUAACAGUGAUCUUUGGAAUAGCAAAUGCCCUGGUUAUCAUGGUCUCCUAUGGCUAUAUUGUCACGUCCAUCACGAAGAUCACAUCAGAUACAGGCAGGUCCAAGGCGUUCAACACCUGUGCUUCUCACCUGACAGCUGUCUCCCUCUUCUACACUUCCAGUAUCUUUGUCUAUUUGAGUUCCAGCUCUGGUGGCUCCUCCAGCUUUGACAGAUUUGCAUCAGUUUUCUACACGAUGGUGAUCCCCAUGUUGAAUCCCCUGAUUUACAGCCUGAGGAACAAGGAGAUCAAAGAUGCCUUGAAGAGGCUGCAGAGGAAGAUCACAGUCUACCACUAA